GUGAUUUUUUUAUGGCUUCAUAUAAUUUGAAAAUGUUUAUCCUAUUAAACUGUAAGUAGGUUAGAUAUAAUAAUUGAAUAUGAUUUAAAUCAAGAGUAUAAGAGUCCUAAUUCAGUGUUAAUAUUUGAGUGGGCCCGGUGCCCCUCUGUAGUGGAAAAUUUAAGCCCUGCGGUAAAAAAAAUAAAAAAAGAUUAAGAAACACUGCCCUAAAUAAUUUGUUUUUGUUUUGAAAAAAAAUUUGUUUAUAUAAAGUGGCCAAAAUAUUAAAUUCAGAUAAUGACAUAAGAUUUCAUUGAUCAUUAUUCACUUAAAUACAAUUAUUUGAAUCUGUCAAUAGAUAAUAGAUAAUAUCAUCAAUAGGUAAUAUGAAUCAUAAUAUUACAACAUUCUUAAAAUGAUUAUAUUAUAAUAAGUGCAUCUCCCGGGAGUUAAGUCUCCCCCGGCCUUUCAAAACUAGUGACGCCACUGUUGUAACUUAAAUCGAGGGUCUUUGAACACACCACAGUUAUGGCCAAUGGGAUGCAAAAGUGAAACGUGUACAUAACUUUAUCAUAUGCGCUUAUAGUUCCCCUGGACAUCCACCCGUCUGUCGUGAGCGCAACAGAUGAUGCUCGGGAUAGUUCAUCCACAACAUUUUUCUUCUCCUGCUCAUAAAGAUGUGGCACAAACUUAUCGCUGAAGUGGGUGCGUUACGGGAUGUCGUAAGGUGGCUCAAGCACGUUCAGCAUGUGUUUAAAACCCUCGUUUUGCACAACCGAGUCUGCACCUAUAAACACACCGAUUAAAUGGCGCGGGGCGUUGAAGCUCUUCCGUUACUCCGCUCGCCAUGACCACGCUGUGUGUGGUCUGAACGUGCGACCAACUUGUUUUUUUUGUUUCAUAUAUCAAACCGCGGAUCACGUGUCUGCCGAACCGAAGACACGCACCCCCCAUCCCCUCCCCACACCCACACCCACACAGAGCGCCUCUUUUCUUCUCUCCCGCUUGUGACACAGGAAGAUUCAGAAGGACGACACCGCAACUCUCCAAUAAAACACACUCAGAUAUUUUGUUUCUAGCCGAUACUACAUAAAAAAUAACGUAAAAUAACGCAGUAACGCAUCAUGUAGUAACGGUAACUGAGUUACUGAAUAUAAAAAAUAACGCGUUAAAUUACUAGUUACCGCCGAAACUACUUUGUAACGCCUUAGUCCCAACACUGCAUACAACACACAAAGACAAAGAUAUAAUUCCAAAGGGCCAAUUUAUUUCGGGCCAGAACAAAUUGACAAAACUAUUUUAAAUAGCUGCAACAUAACAUACAUAAGUAACAAACCGCAUAAUAACAUGUCACAACAUAGCUGUAAACCUGGCUGCACCCAACUAAGGCACACAUGACAUGAUUAUAUGUCAUGUCACUAUAUACCACAGAUACUGCUAUACACACGCCUAGCCAGGCGUUUUUUUCUCUCAAGGAAUUGUGAAAUAAAAUCAUGUCUUCAGGAGAUCAACACUGUACUGAAGCCCAGAACACUCUAUGCAUUUCCUAAGUUUUAGUUUAGAGAAAAGGAAAUAUUGGCCUAGCCCACUAGGAUCCCUCUUUAUGUUUGUGAACUUUAUAGUCUAUACAUUUAGAGUGAUGUGAUAAUCAAACACUCUAGAAGUCUAGAAUGAAUUAGUACAUAAAAUAAUUUACAGUGUGUGUGUACCUUCAGUGCUGAAUGAUGAGCAGAGGCAGAGUUUUGAGUGUUUUCUUUAGCUCGCUUUCCAUGUUUAUGUUCUCACUGUCCACUGUGUCCAGCUGCCUAAAAGCGGGUGACUCCACUGUAGAAAUAGCCUGCAUGUCUUCUAGCACAUACGCUCCAAUGGCUCUAUCAAUGUUGUCCUGGCUAGCAGUCCCUCCGUUAAAAUCCAGCCGCUGUUGGAGGUGGAAGUGAAGUGUGUCUCUCUUUACUAGCUUUGUUGAAGCAUGUUGCUUUUGUAGCUGUUUCAGCAGAUUUGAAUUGCUGUUUUGUGCAGUAGAUGGGAAACACAACACAACUUACGAGACGGGACGGUAUAGCUCGGUUGGUAGAGCGGCCGUGCCAGCAACUUGAGGGUUGCAGGUUCGAUCCCCACUUCCGCCAUCCUAGUCACUGCCGUUGUGUCCUUGGGAAAGACACUUUACCCACCUGCUCCCAGUGCCACCAAUACUGGUUUAAAUGUAACUUAUAUAUUGGGUUUCACAAUGUAAAGCGCUUCGAGUCACUUGAGAAAAAGCGCUAUAUAAAUGUAAUUCACUUCACUUCACACUAACUUACAUUUAACUAAAAUGUUCUUUUCUUUGUACUCGACAAAAGAAUAGUGAGAAUAUCUCCAUGUUAAGAAACUCAAAUUCUGCUCCGCCAUGAUGUCUUGUAAAGCUUGAGCUUAUCCCAGUUGACUGUGGGUGAAAGGCAGUCUUUACCCUUGGCUGCUCGGAACAGACAUUAGGCUUCAUUCACACCAAGACUAGGUUCAGUUAAAAGCAACAAAAAGUGUGAUGUCCUCCCAAAUUGGCAAGUUUGUUUGGUCACGUAGGAAUGCUAAAAUUUCAACCGUGAUGUGCUACAAACAAACCGACAAACACUGCUAAAAGAUGUUCUGUUUGGGUGAGUUGCGUGUGAGCACACAGACCAGAGUUCGAAUGAGUUCAGAAAUCAAAAGUUAUUAAACGAUAACGAAAAUAAUAUCAAUAUGGCCACAUAAACUCAGUACUUAUUUGCAGAUUGGCAUAGUCAAACAUGUCUGGUCAAUCUUGUCAAAAGUUAUUCGAAGUUAUACAGUCAGUACUCGGAGAACAGGUUCUCGAACUGAUCUCAUGUACCUAAGCAGAGGAAUGACAACACACCACAUGUUUUGCCUACCUUGUAUUGUUUGGUUCGAAGGUUCCUAGGAUCGUUAUAACUCCUAAAUGGUCAGAGAGUAGCUUCUUUAUGGAAUGUCGGUGGUUCCAUAUGUUAUCAAAGCGACAAACGUGCAUACAUCACACAGCCCUACGAUGUCACGGAACCACCUAUAGCUAAGUGAUGUCACAUAAGUUACUUCAUUAGCGCUAAUGACACAAGCCCUUUCAUCCACAACCAAUGCAUCUGAAAGCCACUGUUGAUCCUUGGCAGAGUAUUGUGCCUCUGAACCCCCUUCUUCGGAGUUUCCGGCUUCUACAAAUUGUAACGUUUUCUGUGCAAAACAAACAUAAUUCGAAAUGGAUUCUAGGAAUGUGUUGCCGUACGGCAUCAGGAGCCAGCUCGAGUGUAUUUCCCGCGCGGUGCUGCUCUCACAGCCAGGUGACAUCCCUGGAUUCUUAGAGGUACAUUUAGCCCAAAUGAAACAAUCCGCAGGAGAGGAUUUGACUGAUCUUAAAGAGGUUGCCUUUCGGUAUCAAGAGCAAUGGGAGAACGACUUCCUGGUACGGAUCAGCAAACGAGGACAAAUGGGAGAAACAGCAACCGUGAGAUUGUCUACGUCGUCUGUCGCCCUUUCCAAAUCAUUGACCUUGUUUGAGGCUGACAAUCUAUCAAUACCACUGUCAGUGCCGUAUGAAGAGAUUCCCCUAUCUGCAACCGUAGACACUUAUGGAUCAGUACCGAGAAAAAAGUCCCAACAAGCGUUGCCAGUCAGGAUUCCCAGCCAAAAGGAGACAAAGCCAGUUAAAAAGACUACAGUGGCCGUCCAGACUCAACUGCCGUACAAAGCUCCUUCACAGGGGACACAAAUAAGAGUGUGCAGUGAAUACACAAAAGAUGAGAGGAAAGGGCUGCACACCCUUAAACACCCCCAACCUACGCUCUCACCCAACUCCCAGAAAACCUCUCUACAUAAGAAGUCGAGGGGGAAAAAGUCCAAAAUAAUGAGUGACAGUUUCAAUUGCUCGCUGGAGGAUUGCUUGUAUCAUAAACCCAAAGAUCAGUCUGAUCAGGACAAGAAAUUGGAGGGAGUCCAAACCACCACAGUGCCAACAGUCCAUAGGUAUCGGGGUGUUAAAAAACCAGAGGUAGGGCCUGGAUCUGAGAUACGGGUCCCAUAUAGACCCAAGGGAGGAAUGAUUUUUGAUCCAGAACUCUUGCCACAGAGUCCUAAAGUAUAGUGCUGGACUAUUAAUACUGUAUACGUUUAAUGGUAUUUUCCUCAAAUGAAAUCACCUUUUCAUAUAGGUGGAUUUUUUUUUGAUCAAACAAAGGAGUGAGAACAAACUCAAUGUGGAACUGCACAAAUUCGAAAGACAAAAAAAGAAUGAGUUGGAACAGUGGAAUAUAGGGAAACCAGUGCCAGUCAUGGAGUUAAAGGUUCUGUAUCGAACAACUUCGAUGGGAUUAUUGAAAUGACAAGACUUGAACUGUGUCUGGCUCAGGUCACAGAUCCACCAAAACAGAUGGAAGUUUGAGAAAAUAGUACAGGUCCCACAAUCAACAAACUUCUGCUGUCGAAGCUAGUAUGGUGUAAAAGUUUUUACAUUGGUUUGGCCAUCUUUAUGUCUGUACAAACUUGUGUAUGCGGUUAUUGUGGCGGAUUUUAAAUUGCAUUGUGUAGGUCAGUCGUGUCAAACAUGACAAAAAUGAUAUAUUUUUGUUAAUGAAACUGCUGAAAACUUGGAAAAUAAUUGUCCUGUUUCCACCAAUUGAGUUUAUUCUAAAUAAUUUUUUGUAUCUGAACAAUGUAUUCUUGUUUUAUUACUUGUAUUACUUAAUUUACUGAACACUGUACAAGCUACGUAUUGUAUUUUUUCAAAUAUUGCUUGUUUAAUUUUCAACGCUUUUCUUUUCAAAAACGUAAAUUUAAAAUGAAACAUUUUUGCCAAAAAAAAAAGUUGUUUCAGCAUGUAAAAAAUAAUGUGAAGGAAUUAUCAGUGACAGGGGUAGGAUUAAAGAUCUGCUUGUUCAUACUUCUUUUUGAACAUGUUGAAUUCUGUAAAUGUAAACCACGGAA